CACACGCACACCACACAUCAGCAUAAUUUCACGAGCUGCCAGCCCAUCGGAUUUCCCCUCUUCUCCAGGCACAGACAUGCUAAGCCACAGCACCGGUUGAUCUGCUGCCUUCAGCUCGCCCGUUGAUCAGCCUCCCCCACCCCAAAGUCGACAUUAUAUUAUUUAUAUCCUCGUCCUUUUGCUUACCGUUAUUUCGGUUCUCAUACUCAGCCACCAUUCCCUUGCACUCCCUGUCCGAAAUAGCCAUGAAGGCAGACGCUGCUCCACACUGGAAGACAGCCGGCCUCUUUUUCAUAGGGCUUCUUCGUUUUGCCUCUGCCUCCGAAAGACCCAUCUACACGAAUCAUUUCUGGGUUGAGUUUCACAAAGGGGGAGAAGCAGAAGCCAAGCAACUUGCUGCAGAAUAUGGCUUUAAUGGGGUCAGAAAGCUACCCUUUGUAGAGGAUGGGUACCAUUUUUUCCACAACGGGAUGUCCAAGGGUCGGAGGCGGCGCAGCCUUCAGCACCAUCUUCGCUUAGAAAAAGACCCCAGGGUGAAGAAGGCAGUGCAGCAAGAAGGCUUUGGGAGGAGGAAGAGAGGAUACAGAGAUAUCAAUGAAAUAGACAUCAACAUGAACGAUCCUUUAUUUACAAAGCAGUGGUACUUGAUCAACACUGGGCAAGCAGAUGGGACUCCGGGACUCGAUCUGAAUGUAGCUGAAGCUUGGGAGCUGGGUUACACAGGGAAAGGUGUAACUAUAGGAAUUAUGGAUGAUGGCAUUGAUUACCUUCAUCCAGAUCUGGCUUCAAACUACAAUGCUCAAGCCAGCUAUGAUUUCAGCAGUAACGACCCCUAUCCGUACCCCCGCUACACAGAUGAUUGGUUUAACAGUCAUGGAACCAGGUGUGCUGGGGAAGUAUCUGCUGCUGCAAACAACAAUAUCUGUGGUGUUGGAGUGGCAUAUAAUUCAAAAGUGGCAGGCAUCCGAAUGCUGGAUCAGCCGUUCAUGACAGACAUCAUAGAAGCUUCCUCCAUCAGCCACAUGCCUCAAAUAAUAGAUAUCUACAGUGCCAGCUGGGGCCCCACCGAUAAUGGUAAGACUGUGGAUGGACCAAGAGAGCUCACCUUACAAGCCAUGGCAGAUGGUGUGAAUAAGGGCCGAGGUGGCAAGGGAAGCAUCUAUGUGUGGGCCUCUGGAGAUGGAGGAAGCUACGAUGACUGCAACUGUGAUGGUUAUGCAUCGAGUAUGUGGACCAUCUCCAUCAAUUCGGCUAUUAACGACGGCCGGACGGCUUUGUAUGAUGAAAGCUGCUCCUCAACCUUGGCUUCUACUUUUAGCAAUGGGAGGAAGAGAAAUCCCGAAGCUGGUGUGGCUACGACAGAUUUAUAUGGCAACUGUACGCUGCGCCACUCUGGAACAUCUGCAGCCGCACCAGAGGCUGCGGGAGUGUUUGCACUGGCGCUGGAGGCAAACUUGGAUCUGACAUGGAGAGACAUGCAGCAUUUGACAGUGCUCACCUCUAAAAGGAAUCAACUUCAUGACGAGGUCCACCAGUGGCGAAGAAACGGCGUCGGCCUAGAAUUCAACCACCUGUUCGGCUAUGGUGUCCUUGAUGCUGGGGCAAUGGUUAAGAUGGCUAAAGACUGGAAGACGGUUCCAGAAAGAUUUCACUGUGUUGGUGGGUCGAUACAAGAGCCUCAGAAAAUACCAUCCAGUGGCAAGUUGGUUCUGACUCUUACGACUGAUGCUUGUGAGGGGAAGGAGAACUUUGUCCGAUACCUUGAACACGUCCAGGCCGUUAUAACAGUGAACUCUACCAGGAGAGGGGACUUGAAUGUCAACAUGACAUCCCCAAUGGGGACGAAAUCCAUUUUGCUGAGUCGGCGUCCCAGAGAUGAUGAUUCCAAGGUGGGCUUUGACAAAUGGCCUUUCAUGACAACACAUUCUUGGGGAGAAGACCCCAGGGGUACUUGGGUUCUGGAAGUUGGGUUUGUUGGUCUCCUGCCUCAGAAGGGAGUCCUCAAGGAGUGGACAUUAAUGCUACAUGGAACUCAAAGUGCACCCUACAUAGACCAAAUAGUAAAAGAUUAUCAGUCUAAAUUGGCCAUGUCCAAGAAGGAAGAGUUGGAAGAAGAAUUAGAUGAAGCUGUAGAGAGAAGCUUGAAGAGUAUAUUGAACAAGAACUAGCUCUGCUUUGCAUGUCAGACAGCAUCCUUUCCCCACUUCCUUCCCUAAACAUUAGGCAUAUUCCAGUUAUUGUCUUUAGAACAUUAUCCUAACUCCCUGGUUCUCCCCCCCCCCCAUUAUCUGCAUUGUCUAACUUAAUUACAGUGAAAACUUUUGAAUUCUGAGCCACAAAUAUAUUAUUAUUACUAUUAUUACUAUCUACCAACUACUUUGUAAGUGUGAAUGACUGUAACUAAACUAUGUGGGGUUGGGGUGUUCUUUUUUUGUUUUUAAAUGUCAUGUGAAAAGUAUCCAACCAAGCAAGCUGUGACCCCUUUCCUCUUACUGUUUUUGAAGAGAACACAUCACUUGGCAUUUUAUUUAUCUGCUUAGAUAGUGGAAUGUUCAAAACUGGCAGUUCUGACUUGUGGAAAUACUGCCACGGCAGCUGUAAUCGUGGCAAAACAAAACCAGUUGUCACAGGACCAAAUUACCUGCAAUAUCGUUCGUGCUUUUUUAAAAAAAUAAUAGCAUGUUUUAAUUCACCACUUUUGACUGGAAGGAAUAGCAACGGUGGGGUUCUGAUCCAGAAUGGGGACCCAUAGCAAUUUUCUGCUGAGGAACAUUUGCCCUCAAAAGUGCUGGUUGGGGCCUCAUGGUGGUUUUGUUUCCUCCCCCCAAAAAUGUGGGUAAUUUAAGCAUGCUUUUUUAAAAAAGUGUGAAUAGCGUAGUUGGGCCCAAUAUAUGUUCAAACACAUGUUUUCAAAAACAAAAACAGAUUCAUAAACUGAAGGAGAUUACAGAGUGCAGAUCCUGCCUUAUGCUACUGGUAUUUUGCACUUAAGACUCCAGUACAGCCGUACCUUGCAAGUCGAACGGAAUCUGUUCUGGAAGUGUAUUUGACUUCCAAAACAUUUGGAAACCAACGGACGGCUUCUGAUUGGCUGCAGGAAGCUCCUGCAGUCAAUCAGAAGCCAUGGAACCCCCAUUGAACAUUCGGUUCCAGAGAACGUUCACAAACUGGAACACUCAUUUCCGGGUUUGCGGCGUUUGGGAACCUAAAUGUCCGACUACCAAAGCAUUUGGGAUCCAAGGUGUGACUGUACUUGAUUUCCCGAGACUAAGUCCCAUUACACUCAGUGAGUCUUACUUCUGAAUAGACAUGUAUUCACUGGAAAAAACAGUUUGGCACCUGAGGACAAAGCCAGAGUUCUAAUGUGUUUCCCAAUCCUGAUUCUCCUCCCAGAUCUUUGUAUGUAUUUUAGUGGCACUGUCAGCUGGAGAAAUUCAUCAAUCUGCAUUUUGAGGGGCAGGGGUGGUAGAGGAUCAAUGUCUCCUCUUGCUUCAUCAUAGCUCUCUUAGGUAGAUCAGGUAGUGCAAAAGGUCGCCAAUAGACAUAACACAUUCAAUGCCUUUCAGAUUAAAACUGCUGAGUCACUAUGAAGCCACCCCAAUCCCAGGGGUAGAUCUACUAUGAAACUGAUGAAGCUUAAGCUUCAGGGCCCCUAACCCUGGAGGGGCCGCAGAAGCAACUUUAGCCCACAUUGCUUAAAAGCUUUGGAUCUAGUAGACCCAAUUUAAGUCGCACGACUUAAAUUAAUUUUUGGGGGUAUAUAUUUCAACAAUCCCAAAGUUUGAGACUCAGUAGCACGGAUGUGGUAAAGGUUUGGUGACCUGCCAAGGAACAACCCCAUUGAAGAAGAUAACCAUGGUUACCCAGACCUCAUUGCUGGUCAAGCUUCAGAGCCCCAAAAAUGUAGUUCCCCACUGCCCACUCCACAAAAGCUCCAGAAUGAUGCAGAGAGGGUGGUGUUGAGCUACUCCUGUUCUACAUCUGUAUGGGGCUGUUGAGCUACAUGUGGCGCUGUGGUCUAAACCACUGAGCCUCUUAGGCUUGCAAAUAAGGAGGUGGGCAGUUCGAAUCCCCAUGACAUGGUGAGCUCCCAUUGUUGUGUCCCAGCUUCUGCCAACCUAGCAGUUCUUAACGCAUGCCAGUGCAAGUAGAUAAAUAGGUACCGCUGCGGCAGGAAGGGAAAUGGAAUUUCUGUGCACUCUGGUUUCCGUCAUGGUGUUCUGUUGCGCCAGAAGUGGUUUAGUCAUGCUGGCCACAUGAUUCAGAAAGCUGUCUGUGGACAAAUGCCGGCUCCCUUAGCCUGAAAGUGAGAUGAGCGCCGCAACCCCAUCGCCUUUGACUGGACUAAACUGUCCAGGGGUCCUUUACCUUUUUCUUCUUCUUACCCAGCCCCUGGGCAUUGCUAGGGCAUUGCAGGGCAGCUCCAGCAUGGGAACAGGUAAAGCACAGCCCCUCGCUGCCAGACCGUACUGUUGUAGGUGGUGGCAGUGGUGGGGUGUGUGUGGUCUGUGCCAUACCCUUCCCCCCAUCCCAAUGGCUCUUGGGAUACCAGUGCUGAGAGGCCUUUAAACCACUCCCUCCUGCUUUUGUAUUGGACUGUGGGUCCUUAGCAGCCUCACAGUCCCUGGAGUGAUGCAUUCUAGGAAUUAUCAUGAAGUCACAGCUUCAUCUGAAUUUUUUGGAACUGAAGAAUGAAUUGGUGCCACCGAAUUCCAAAAACAUUGUCAAAUAUGCUUCAGUACGACAAAGCAACAUACCUGCCAAGUUGCUGUCGGAGAAAUAAGGGACCGGGCCGGAAGUAGCAGACCGGAAGUAGCA